AUGAAGCUCUUGGUGCUUGGGGCCAUGGGACGAACAGGCCAGUUAUUAGUGAGACAAGCGCUAGAUCAGGGCCAUAGGGUGAAAGCUAUUGUAAGAACUCCCAGCAAGCUGACCAUUCAGCAUGACAACUUGAAGGUGGUGAAAGCAAAUAUCUUCUCAGCUGACAACCUUCGUGAACACUUCAGUGAACAGGAUGCCAUCAUGUCCUGUCUUGGAUUCCCAAUAAGCAUAUUUUCUGAAGUUACAGGAUAUACAGAAUCAAUAAAAGCUAUAACUCUUGCUAUGCAUGAAGCAAAAGUGACACGAAUUAUAGCAAUGACAUCCUGGUGUACGAAACGUGAAACACUCAAAGAGGCUUCCUGGACAAUUCGGUGGUUGUUGAUCCCUUUGAUCCGCAAACUACUGAUCAAUAUGCAGGAGAUGGAGAAUUAUCUGAACAAUGAAUGCCAAGACCUCAAGUGGACUGUGGUGAGACCACCAGGACUUCAGAAUGCACCAAAAACAGGUUGA